AUUCGCGCAAGCUACUCAAAAGAUACAGCCACCCAACUUACCGAGGAUGGAAGGACUCCAUUGGGAAAUGUCGUCCACACCCUUGUUCUAUUUUACGAUACUCACCAGUGAACCGGGGUUGGCAAUAUGCAUAUAAGUGCGGCUUGGCCCCGCCCAGGCUCUCAAAGCAAAGUCGCUCAACCGAAUGAGCAGGCUACGAGUCGCGAUUGAUUUGCAGUACGCAGACAUGUCACAAUCUGAGAGCGAGCGUCCAAAAUCGAUACCGGGCACGGCUGGCGUGAAGCGGCAGCCCUUUUGGAAGAGGUACAAGGUUCCUGAAGAGGACAGCAACGUAUUUCAGAGCUGGAUCAAGCGUAACCCCGGAGAACCCGAUGUGAAGCCUGAAGCAUUCCAACCAAGAGAAGACGAGAUCAGUCACUGGUCAAAGGCGUGGAACCCGGAGUGUUAUGCUUCCUUUGGGGAUGAUGGAGUUACGGCCACUGUCAAUGCAUACGGCGAUCUGAUGCAGUUCAGCAGCUUUAUGGGCGUUGGUCAUUCCGGUGUAUUUUCGGCAGAUCAUCUCGACAUCGAGGAGCCAUAUUGGGUGGACAACAGAGCUAGCCAAAUUCUUGAAUUGCGGCAAGAUGUACAUCGAGAGAGUAUCUCGUACGGCCUGCGAAUUCCCAGCAUAAGUCUCGAGCAUUGCCAACUUCUAGGUUAUGUUCACGACAGAUGGCCGCGAUAUGAGGUUAAAGAUAAAGCGCUGGGGCUCAAACUCACUACGCAGUGGAUGGUUUAUGAGAAGACAAUCUUGCAGCAAUGCCUCAUCACGAAUACCGGGGCAGGCGAGAAGGCUGUCCCGGUCAACUUUGGGAAGGGCAUGCGCCUCCAAGACUUGAAUUAUCUGGAAAUGUCUACUCUAGGAAUGGCAUCCCAAAUUCAGACACUGGGCCCAAAUGAUUACGGGUGGGGCUUGGUUCAUCCUCUCCGGGACAUGGAGGAGGAAGAAGUCAACCAGGAUGGUGCAGAGUCUUCUCAUCCUGAUCCAGUCUUACCUCUGGUCGAACAGAUCAACACGGACACUAGUGAUCCAGUCGAACCGCCAGAAACUUUACAAGGUUCACCCGUCGAGCCUUCAGAUACUAUCGCGGUCGUUGUGUCUGUUUUUAGAGACGGUCAGGCAGUCAAGUGGAAAUCUGACUGCCUGGAUGAUCUGGACGACACCGAAAUAUUGAAUCUAUCUUUGAGGGAGAAUGCCACAACAGAAAUCGUCACGGCCUAUAAGAUGGUUCAUCUACCAAGGGAUGGUGCCACAUGGGAAGGAUUCCUCGUGUCACCGGCCCGAGCGGAUGUCAGCAAGCAUCUUCGGUCAGCGUCGUUCACAGCCUUCCACCCUACAGAUUACGAUAAGCCCGUUACACAAACUGAGGGAGAGAAGUCCGGGGGACUCUUUUCUCGCUGGAUGAGAUUUAAUCCAUCGGCCAACGAUACACAGCCAAGUGGACUGCCGACGGACAGCCCAGUGAAUCACAUUGACUUUGUUGCCCGUCGGAACCUGGAGCACAUCUUGUCGACGUGCGCUCUUCCCAUCGAACAACAUUCGGCGAAGGGGGAGGUAGCGGCAGUUGCCUUGACCUGUGGCGAUGUAUCAGGACAUCGUGUGUGUUCUUCAGCAAGUUUCUUUGCAUUCUUAUUUCUGCUUGAAAUUGUAAAGUAUUUGAAUGCGAUUGAGGAAUCCUACCCUGACCAUCCUUACGAGCCGUUGCGAGUUAGGAUCGACUCAGUCUGCCGUGGCCACUUGAUAUGGCUUUCACAAGUUGACCUAACGGAAGACCACGUUUUCGCGGCGAACUACUGGGCAACGGGCCGAACAAUGCCCCUUGACACGGGUUCCGCUUCAUUUAUGCCAGGCAACUCUUUCACCGACACACCAUUCCAACUCAUGAAGGCGGCCGCUUUUUCCAAAGUCUACAAAACCAAAUUCGACAGGGAACUGGUACGACAGGUAAUUCGGAUGGUUGACAAAGACUGGAUCGAUACAUUGAAAGAGUCUGAUAAGCGUAACUCCCAUGUGUGGCCUCAUGCACAAGAUGAGGGGUGCAGUAAGUAUAGACUCUAUGAACAUGUCUGGAUCUGGAGAGCAUUGAGAGCAAUCGAAGAUGACCGGCGGAGAACCCCCGACCCGAAGACCCUCCCGAGCGACGGUGACGAGGCCCAUGGGGAGGCUCUUGAAAAUUUCAAGAAGGAACAGAAAGACAGUGACAAGAGUCGGCGAGACCAAGUUCCCAGUGAUGAAGACAAGCUUUUCAGACAAUUUGGCCCUGAUACCAUUCACCGAGACAUCCUCCGGCGUUUCACGGUCGAGAACGACGUGUCGAAGAAACGCAUGCUGGCUACAACGCGGUCUUCUCGAGAGACGCGAUUCUUGUUUCAUGCUAGCGACACCGCACUAUUCUACGGCAUUGAGUGGGACUUCUUCUUACCAACACUGAUCGACGAGGUGUGGGACAACACGAUUGAGGCCCAGUUGCAUCACAACGAAAAUUCAGAGACAGGGUGGGACAACUCGAUUCGCUAUGCGCUGGCAAUCAUGAUGGGAACCAGAAAUAUGCGCCUCAAUAAAAGGUCAUCAAAAGACCUGGUCAAAAGUGCUUUCGAUGUUCUAUUUCGCACUACGAGUCCAAAUGGGCUCUUUUAUGGCCAGCUUGACGGAACAACGAAGGAGCCAAUGCUGUUUGUCAGUGAGGCGGAUCGGGACUUCUACUUUCAUGCUAGUUUCGAAAUUCCCUAUAUUCUUUUGACGCAUUGUUGGAAAAUCAAUUCUACAUUGAAAGACACUCCCGAGAACAAUCCUGAGUCGCCACCAGGUUCCGCAGCAACGCAAAUACCACCACCACACCCACUCAUCGAGGUCGCAGAUAUCAUGACACAACAGCCAAAACGGCAAGAGCACAGGUCACCUGCAAUACAAGGACCUACCGCCGAACCAGUCGAAGCCAAAAGCCUCUCUCCUGGCAUUAAAAAGGCCAAGGCAACGGCCAUGAAGAAGAGUAUCCCUUUCAACAGCCUCAUUGACCAGAGCAGCAUUGUUGAUUUGGAAGAAGAGUGGCUCUACAAUUACCCAAACUUUUUGGGUGGUGGUGGACAAACUCUCGUUGACUUUCACGAGGAGGCGAAAGAAUUAUCAAGACCAACAGGUAGUUCCCAUUCAGGCACCGUGGUCACCAAAGCGGCCAAGGAUUACAUCAACCACUCGCCAUAUACAGCUCAUAGAGCAGUUUCCUUGAGGUUAAGCGUACACCGGCACCAUUUCAAGUCCUCAGAUCCUCGAGUAUCGAUCGUGAAUAUUCGAAAGCGGAAGAAUCUCAGCAAGCAGGAGAGGGCAAUGAGCGACGACAAUGGGAGCUUUUUCAACAACGACAUGCUUUGGGACUUGAUAUCGCAGACCCGGACAGCUGAGGCAGCGAAAAAGAGGUUUAUUUGGCUGUCGCACGCGGACGCCGAGACUGCUCUCAUUUGCUACAUUGGCAGUCCACCGGAUGAGCGACCAGCCAUAUCGGAUUUCUUCGACAGCCAUUUCCACUACGAGAAUAAGUUCCUCGAAGAAACAACUAUGGUACUCAAUACCUGGAAGACUGAGCUCCACCUGAGCUUCUAUCGCCUGGUAAGAAAGAAUUACAGCCCCUCUUCGGGAAUCCCCUCGUUAAGCUGCGAAGAAUUCCCGGGAAACGCUGAUUGGAAGCUGGCACAAGCCUCCAUGGGAUUUCGCUUUUCUGGAGAUUUCUUCGAUCGGUAUUGGACCUGUUACGUGAUAGAGUACACCCACGGCCGAAGUGGUGAGGCAUGGAAGGGGAACCAUCCGUGGGGCAGGGAAGGCUGGCGGCAAAGAAAAGUGCUCGAGCUAUAUCUCUUUGACGGAAUGUUGAAGGAGAUUAUCAGAAGUACCAAGGAUAUAUUUGACAUGGUCAAACAGGAGCUGGGCGAAAAACGCGGUAUCAUUUCAUUCUCGGCUCUAAACAGUGUCGAGUACCUCUCAUCGAGCACCAAGUGGCAAUUUUACCAGCAGAUUCUUCAGGUCAUAGAACAAGAGCUGUCAGAUGUGCUGUCAACCGUGUCUAAAUGGGAGACGCGCGAAAAUGACAGAGGACAGGAACGACCACGAUGGACACGCAACGACGAGCGCAAGUACCGCGGCUUCAUCGGGAAGAUGCAAGGUUCAACAGCCCGCCGCAUCAGAGACUUGCAGAAACAUCGGAACGACGUGCGGUCACUGAAGGAGCAGCUGAAAAGCGAACAGCAGCAGAGCCGUGACAAUAUCUCAGUCAUCGAUGCAGAGAAUGUCCGACUCUUCACCUACGUGACCGUGGUGUUCCUGCCGCUUGGCUUCGCGGCCAGCAUAUUCAGCAUGAGCGAGGAGCCGCCGAGCGGCGUUCUUAAGCCAAUGGUUAUUUGCUCUGCUGUUGCGCUAGCCCUCACAUUCGUGGCGCUGGGUAAUGCAAAGAGAGUGUCGACGGCGAUACAUAAAUACUCGCACGACAAGAUUUACAGCAACAAGUUGAGCUCUGGACGUGAGGUGCGGGGGGACGACGGGCGGAUUACGCCCACACACCAACAAGAAGAGGCCGAGAACGGCGGCGCGUCUGAAGAGGACCGUACAUCUCAAUAUUCUGGAACAAGCCAUCAGAGCAACCACAAAACUAGCUUCUCGAGGCACUUCUGGUUUUGGGUAGUAUAUCUUUUCAUCAAUCUUCCCGCUCGGAGGGUCUCGGUAGCAUACCUGGACUUGAAAAACCCGGAUUCCACCAAUUGGAAGUAUGUUCAUGUAGUUGUAGGCAUCACCGUUCUGCCUAUGCUUCUUGUUGCGCGUCUAAUCCAGUUCCUGCUUUUCAUUGCCAUGGAUUCGUGUCAGCUUGCGUGGGGUAAGUCUUUCAGGCCUGAACCCCUAUCUUCCCAUCAAAUAUUGUGAAUACUAACCUGUCUUAGGGUGCAUCACCCUCUUCUUCACAUCGGACACCCGAAAUGAGUACAGUGACUUGGGAAGUAGUUUGAACUGGCUGACAAAUCCCAAUCAUAUGUAUCGACCACUUGAGACAGGACUCAAGGUUCUGAACAAACGUUUAUCAGACCGGCGGAUCGAGAAAGAGAGGCCCAUGAAAGAGCAUACCCCUGCCGAGCAAACAUGACCGAGUUACAUUUAUUUGGAUUACAGUGUUAAACAUAUCUCGAGUACCUUACUCUGGGUUGAAGUUGCCACUCACUUACUGCAUAGUUUCAAGGGUACUCAAGUAAGAGUAUUCCAAGAUCUUAGCCACUGGAAUUUCAGUUGCCUUUUUUCCUUUUCCGAACGGUUCG